AUGACUACAAUGAAGAAUACUAAUCCAUCGUCUUCUAAGCUUGCACUUUUGAGCCAUAUCAAGUACGAGCACCUGGUAGCUGGGAUAUCAGGUGGCGUCACAUCAACACUAAUUUUGCAUCCUUUGGACCUUAUUAAAAUUCGUUUUGCUGUAAAUGAUGGAAGAACAGCAACAGUACCGCGUUACGAUGGCCUGGGCAGCGCAUUUGUUACGAUCGUGAAGAAGGAGGGCGUGCGGGGCCUGUACCGCGGCGUCACUCCUAACGUCUGGGGCUCGGGAUCGGCCUGGGGUUUUUAUUUCUUAUUCUAUAACGCAAUAAAAACGUGGAUACAAGGGGGUAACGCACGAACACCUCUCGGGCCAGGUCUCCACAUGCUGGCCGCAGCUCAGGCUGGCAUACUAUCAUUGGUGAUGACCAACCCCAUAUGGGUCGUUAAGACCAGGCUCUGCCUCCAGUACAGCGAGGAGCACACCAUCGCCGAACACAAGAGAUACAAUGGGAUGAUUGAUGGUUUGACGAAGAUCUACAGGACGGAAGGCGUCAGGGGGUUGUAUAGGGGCUUCAUUCCGGGCAUGUUCGGUGUCUCCCACGGUGCGCUACAGUUUAUGACAUACGAGGAAAUGAAGAAUAGGUACAAUCAAUACAGGAACCUACCUAUCGAUAUUAAAUUGAGCUCAGUAGAGUACCUAACAUUCGCGGCCGUAUCAAAGUUACUAGCGGCAGGCGCGACCUACCCCUACCAGGUGGUACGGGCUCGUCUCCAAGACCAGCACCGCAACUACACGGGCGCGUGGCACUGCGUCACCGAAACUUGGAGACACGAAGGUUGGCGUGGUUUCUACAAGGGCCUGAAACCGAACUUGAUACGCGUGGUUCCAGCUACGAUGAUCACAUUCUUGACAUACGAAAAUGUGUCGCAUUUUAUGUUAAAGCGUGAACCAAAAUUUAAUCUACCCUCCUAAACAUAUCUUUGUUAUGUAAAGCCAUUAAUUAAGGUUACAGGUUUAUGGCUAUUCAUAUAUAUUUCAAGUAUUUGAGGAUAUAUAAAGAUUUCUAUUACUUGAAUUAUGUUGUUACACCGCGUUACAAUAUUUUUAGACUUUGGGUUCUCAUCUAAUUUGACCAAUCUCUGUCCCUAAAUGAACUUUGAAAGUAUGGCUCUGUGUUGUGUUACUGCCUCAGUCUAGUGUUCUUCAGUUUACGUUUUCAGACUAUUUUGUGUUAAAAAAAUAUUUGAUACAUCUUGUUUGAUUUCUUGGUUGAUACUUGUGAUGAUAUUUGAAUUGCGCAGUUAUUUCUGAUUAAAAAACAUGAUAUGUAAAAAUGUAUAUUUGUUGAAAUUAUAAGGCUAAUUUGACUACUUGGUCGGAAGCAUUUUAAUUAGUUAAUUAAGUUUGUUACCUUAAUCACAAAUUUUAGUAUUAAGGCCUUAUUAGUUAUUGUACCGAAAAUUGUAAAACAGGUUUAAUUUUAAGAUAAUGAUUUCAUGACACUGAACUUCCAUUUUAAAUAUUGGAAGUCUAUUUGCGUUUUUCAGCCUUUAUUUAUGGCACGAGUUAAUAAUUACAGUCACUUUUUCAUUUAUACGGACAGCUAAACUGCCUCAUAGUACAUCUCUUUUUAGCCACUAGUGGCGCUGGCGUCAGUAGGUGAAAUAUUAUAAAAAAUGCUUAAGAACAAAAAGCAACUGUUUAUAGAUAUGAUAGUAUUAAUAAGCCCAGUAUAGUAAUAGUACAAAUUUUGUUUUAUUCAUUUCAAUGUCUUACGCUCUUUUCUGUGACAUUAUCUAUCUGUAAUUUGAACAUAAUUUACGUAUGAUUGCUAAAAAUUUUCAAUGUCAUUAAAUUGGUUAGAAUAAUCUGGUGUCAAUAAUAUACAAAUAUUUAUAUUUAAAAUAAAUGUUUCCAUAUUGUGUAGUGUUUAGCAAGUUUUAAACUUAAGUAAAGGCUGUGUUAUCUUCCUUUUUGGUUAUUUUGGAUGAGUUUUUAGAAUUAGUUUUUAUAUCUUAUUAUCAAUAUUAUGAAGAAAAAAAAAUCCCGUUUUUAAAUUUCAACAAAUCGAUAUUAAAAUUCUGACAAUGUUGAAACUCCCUUUCAACAUUUUUAUUGUAAUAAUUUGAUUUGAUAAGCGUGACUUAUGUUUGAUUAAAUAUCAAAUAGGUUUGUAUAUGUUUGAUUAAGUAUCAAUUUGGUUGUAUAAGACUAGGUCAAAAUCAUAAAAAGCAAUAUUGUUAAUGAUUGUGUGACCUUAGUAAAAAAAUCUGUGUCCUAAGAAACAAUCAAAAUCCUUCAAAUUAAAGUUUUUAAUUGAAUUAAGCACUGUAUUGCAAUUGGUACGUAAACAAUUUCCAAUAAGGAGGACAUUUUCAUUUUUUUUGUAUGUUUUGUUACCUAAUAAAUGUGUAAGGGCUGAAAGUUUUAUUUUUCAUUAGAUUAAAAUGGGUUUUAGUUAUAAGCGUCUUAAAUAUUGCCAUAUUUAAGCUUAAAUUAAACAUGUUACCUGGCCAUAAAUAAUGCACAUUAACCUUUGGAAAGAGACAAUCGGCUAAUUUCAACUUCGUAUAGCGUUGUCUCUGACGCAUAUUACCUAUGUAUGUGACGUAUGAUGUAAUGUGUGUAAGAGGUGUAAAGAUUUUAAACUACUCAAGUUGUAGAGAGAUUUAGGACCUGUUUCAGCGGUUGUGGAUACAGUUUAUCCAGCAAAUAAAUUACUAUUAGACUCAAUUAAUAAACUGCAACUUUUAGAUUAAUUAGCGAAUGGAAAUAUCUCAUAAAUACAAUGGAAUUCGAUAGUGUAAAAGAAUUAUACUCCAAAAACUUUUAUCUAUUGGAUUUCGCUAUCCGUCAAAUAGCGUUAUUCACAACUGGUGAAACAGGCCCUUAACAAUGCAUCUAUGGGUUGAAGUAUUACUGAAUUAACAUCUACGUGUUUAUAUUGUUUAAACUUAUUUCAAAUACAAACAAAUUAUUGGUUUAACAACCAUUUUCAAUCAAUUAUAGACAGUAAAAAUAUAGGUAAUGAAGUAAUUGCACUAAAUUUAUUAGCUAUGAUAUUUAAACUCCUUGAUAGAAAGGGUUAUUAAAGUACCUAUAUGAUUGUGUAAUCAUAUGUGUAAUACGUUGAGGUGUAACGCCGGGAAGAAAGUAGAAUUAUAAAAAUUCUUAAGAAGGAUAUUUCUCUUCGUAAGUUACUAUAUUUAAAAUGUGAAUAUACAUAGAUUAAUUUCCUUGAAAUAGCAUUAACUGACACGAAUUAAGUUGAAGUAAGUAUUACGUAACUGCAUUUAUUCUUAUGUUAAUGCUGAAGAUAGCUUCGUCUUGUUCAUUUCUAUUCUUGAAGUUAUUUUUAAAUAGAUUUUUGUGUUUUCUUAAGCAGAUGUCAUUUCGUUUGUUUCUUUAUUAAUUUUGCUUUGGAUAUUUUUAAAUAAAACGAAGAUUAAAAUA